AUGAGUAGUGCAAGUAGUAUUGUGAAGAUAUCAAAUUCAUCUAAUGACGAUUUAUUUUUAUGUCGUGCUUUUGCAAAAGCAAUUUCAUCAGAUAAACUUAAUCAAAUUAUUGAACAACAAACAAUUUCAACAGAACCAAUAACAGUUGAAUUAAAUGUUUCAUCAGAUGAUAAUGUUGAAAUGAUAGAUAAUUCUUCGUUACCAUCAGAGGAUAUUCAAUGGAAAAUUGGUGAUUUAUGUUUAUGUCCAUACAGUGAAGAUGGUAUUUUGUAUAAAGCAACAAUAAUUGAUAUAUCAUCAUUAUCCUUAACAUGUUCUGUUUCAUUUGAUGAUUAUGGAAAUGAAGAAAUUCAUCCAUUAACUGAUUUACAAAUACGAACAGAAGAAGAACAACAACAACAAGAAGUUUUAUCAUCAAUAGAUGAACAUGAUAUAUUACCUGCUCCACCUCCACCUCCACCUCAUUUUCCCAUAUUAAAUUUAAAUAAUGAUAAUGAUGAUCUAUCUUCUACAUUAAUGUCAUGGUAUUUAGCCGGAUAUCAUACUGGAUUUUAUCAAGGAAUAAAAGAUCAAAACAAUUUUGAAAAAUGA